GGGGGCAAUUUGGUCCAAUUACAAAUGUGAGGCCGUUAUCUUCCCGCGGACCUCUCUACACUUAGAGACCCUUCUUCUUCCACUGAUCAACAAUGGCAUCCAUCUCCGCUACUGGCUCUCUUCUCAAAUUCCCCACUUUCUUCUCCGGGAAGAAGACUCUCAACACGAGCUGCAGCGGACCCCAUUUCGUUCACUUUCCCCACGAUUCUCACCCUUCUUCAUCUUCCGGUGGUGACACUACUGAGGGAUGUCUCAAGGUUGUAUUUGAUCGAAGGGCUGUGGUUUUCUCAUCCUUUGGCCUACUUGCUGGAGCCUUGUUGAAGGUUGCGGAUGACGGAGUAGCUGUGGCAUCUGAGUUUGCUGAUAUGCCAGCUCUUAGGGGGAAGGAUUACGGCAAGACUAAAAUGAAAUAUUCGGACUAUACUGAGACAGAAUCAGGUCUUCAAUAUAAGGAUCUAAGGAAGGGUGAAGGCCCCUCACCAAAAGUGGGAGAUACCGUUGUGGUUGAUUGGGAUGGCUAUACAAUUGGGUAUUAUGGCCGCAUAUUUGAAGCCAGAAAUAAGACAAAGGGUGGUUCUUUCGAGGGUGACGACAAGGCCUUCUUCAAAUUUAGGUUAGGAUCUCAAGAGGUGAUUCAAGCAUUUGAGGAAGCUGUUAUGGGCAUGACGUUGGGUGGUGUUAGAAGGAUUAUAGUUCCACCAGAAUUGGGAUAUCCUGAUAAUGACUAUACUAAAAAGGGUCCAAGACCAACGACAUUCUCGGGCCAACGAGCAUUGGCCUUUGUUUUGAGGAACCAAGGAUUGAUAGACAAGACUCUUUUGUUUGACAUUGAACUUCUGAAAAUCAUUCCAAACUCAUCAGUUUAAGGUUGGUUGACGUGUCUGCAAAAUUCUGCUCAGCAAACAUGAUUCCGUGAAGGGGUUUCAGAGGCAACAAAAAACUGUUAACAGGAAGCUGUGAGAUUCUUUGCGAAUCAUUAGUUUAUCCCCGUUAAAAAUGUAUAGAGGAAUCACGUGCACUUGGUCUGUAUUAUAACAAUUUUUAAUAUACUCCAGUUUUCUGAUAUGAUCUUGGUCUGAACACUUUUUUCAAGGAAAGAUAAUGAAGAAAUAAUAAUAAAAAAAAAAAAGGUAUAUUUGCGAUGGACUA